CCAACGUGGAAAACUGCGGGGAAGUUAGAGCCUUUGGAAAUGGAGCCGCUGGAAGUUGUGGAGGAGACCGAGGAGGCUGAAGGGCAGACCAAGCCUUUGAAGGUGCCUGAAGACUUGCUGGCAAUGGUGAAAAAGCUGCACAAAGAGGGAAGCCUGGAGCCACAGAUUGAAGACCUGAUUAACCGGAUUAAUGAGCUUCAGCAAGCAAAGAAGAAAUCCAGUGAGGAACUGGUAGAAGCCCAAGCUCUCUGGGAGAGCCUGCAGAGGGAACUGGACUCCUUGAAUGGAGAGAAAGCUCACCUAGAGGAGGUCUUGAGCAAAAAGCAAGAGGCACUGCGGAUCCUCCAGCUGCACUGCCAGAUGGAAGAAAGUGGAGCUCAGAGGUUUCAGGUUGAAGAACAGCUGGAGACUUUGAUGAGUCAGCACAAGGACCUCUGGGAGUUGCACAUGCUGAAGCAGCGACUGGCCUGGGAGAUACAUACCCUGCAGAGCAGCAAGGAGCAGCUGCUCACUGAAGGCCCGGGCCAAGCUGCAGGAGGUGGAGCAGAAGCUACGCCCGCCACCCGAGAUCGGGGGCGUCCGGAUGGUGAACGAUGGGCUGCAGGCGGAGGUGGAGACAUUCGGGGGGCAGGACAUUGCCCAAACCCAUUGCACCCCAAAGGACAGGGGCUGCAAAGGAGAGGUAGGGAGCCCGGCGAUGGCGGCGAGGGGACAGAGAAGGCGGGGGUCCCAUCGGAGUCCCUGAGAGUCAGCGCCCAUGGACAGCAGGGCGUCCCGGCGGGGCCGGCCCCGAGCGCCCUGGCACCCACAGCGAGGACCUGGAGUCGCCCUCAGACCAGUAGGACCCGCCCCGACCCCCUAGCCGACCCAGAAAUAAAGGCGAAGAUUUCGUUCAGUCCUCCACUUCCAGCUUCUGUCUGUCCUCCCGGGGGCCUUGGGUGUGGAGGGCGGGGCCCUUGCUCCCCACGGGCCGGGGGCGUGUCCAGGCACUCUGGGCGGGGCCUCGUCCGGGCCCCGCCCGUCAGUCGCGUGGCGGGCUCAAGCAGAAGCUGAAUGAAAGUCCCUGAGUACCUCAAAGGACACGUGGGUGUCAAGGCCACCCCAUCUGCAAGGCGGCCCCUCCAAUUCCUAACUUUUACCAACAAGGGCUAGAGGGAACGUGUUAAGCACCCACAGAAGGUCCUGUAUGUCUCCCAGGUGAUCCCAGCGCUCAACAGCCCCCUGCAUUCCCCACAGACGCCCACUGACCUCUGGGCCUUCUUCCCCUGCCUCCCUCACCCGGUCAUUUCCAGUCAGUUGCUGCUGCACCUUCGCCAAGUACUUUUUCAUUUCAGGGCCUUUGCCCUGCUGUGUCCUCGUGUGGGUGCCCCUCCUCCAGCGCUCUUCACCAGCAAGUCCCUUAAGUAUGUCAGCUGCCUUGGGAGGCUGGCAUGGGAGACCCUGUUCCUACAAGUGCCUUGUUGGGGUGCCUGGGUGGCUCAGUGGGUUGAGCAUUUGGUUCUUGAUUUGGGCUGGGUCAUGAUCCCUGGUGGGAUCGAUGUCCUGGUGCGACUGAUCUGAGUGUGCAUCCUGCUUAAGAUUCUCUCUCUCCCUCUGCCCUCAGCCCC